UCAUAGGUGCAAAGAUGGCGUUCACUCAUGGCCUGUUCUUCCUCCUCUGCACAAUCAGUGCACUGAUGACUGGAGUCUCAUCUAUUCGAAAGCCACCUAAGAUAGACAAUAACUGUCCCAAAGGCUGGACUCGUUUGGACUGUCACUGUUACAUCUACGAAGAAAACCCGAGGCUUUUUGCAGACGCAGAGGCCGUCUGCAAUAUUCUUGGAGGAAACUUAGUCUCCAUUGAAAGCGCGCUGGAAAAUGCAUUUGUUCACGAAAUGUUUAGAGCGGGCAGGGCUUCGGAAAAUGCUCUCUGGAUUGGACUCCAUGAUGCAAUUGAGAAUCAAACCUUCUUAUGGAUGGAUGGCACAGAUUUUGACUUUAUAAACUGGGAUGCCUCAGAUCCUGAUACAUCGGCUGGUGACUGUGUGACUAUGGUUGAGAGUGAUGGAGAGUGGGAGGUUGCGUCGUGCUCAGAUAGCAACCCGUAUAUUUGCAUCACUGAUGUUUCAACUCACUGACACUAAUCAUUCCUCUAACCAUUCCGUCUCGGUUUUCAGUGGAAUUUGCUAAUCAUGAAGACUUAAAGAGACCAUAUCAUUCUUUUGCGGUGUAAUUUCAUGACUUGGUCUACUAUCAUCUCUUUUUUUUUUCUCAU